GUUUACAUCUAUGAUGCUGUACCUGGUCUGCUUGCUUUCCCCCCUGCUUCUACCAUUCCUCCUUGCCACAGCUGGGUCAUCUGUGUCUGUGUUCAGACCCACUGGAGGAUCUGUCACUCUGGAGUUCCAGGGACACCAGCAGCUGGAGAGGAAGGAUGUACAUCUCAUACAGUGGUACUUUGGCCUGGAAAAAAUCAUGAUAUAUACACCUCUAGCAGACACCGUUCAAGUAUUUACCCAUAAAGACAGAGUGGAGUUUAAUAAAGAGACCCUCUCUCUGGAGCUGAAGAACCUGCAGAAGAAUGACAGUGGACUCUACAAAGGAGAGAUCAAUGCUGGAAAAACUGAUUUUAAGGCUGAAUACAGUCUCUCUGUUCAGGAUCCAGUGGAGUCCCCUGUCCUGUCCGUUGUCUCUAACUGGUCCAGCUGUGACUCCUCUAAUGUGACGGUGACCUGUAGAGGUCAUGACCUCUCUCUGACCUCCACCUGUGACUGCAGCACCUGCUCUCCAGAGGAAGAACAUUCCACUGACUCCACCAUCACCCUCUCUGUCAGAGGUGGAAGAAUUAUAUGUAACCAUAGCAACCCAGUCAGCUGGACAAAUGUUACCAUGGAGAUCAAUCAGUUGUGUCAGUUGUGUUCAGAGCAGAAAGUGACUCGCCCUGGAAAGAGGAUUUGGUUUAUCCUGGUUGUUGUUCCUGUCUGUGCUGGUAUUGCCCUGCUUAUCUGGAGCAAAAGGAGACGACUGACAGCAGGUGUAGGCCAACCACAAACAGAAUACGCUGAAGUCAUGAUGUCUUCAGCUCCAGGGCCCCCUGAUUCAGCUGGCUCCACUUACAGCACUGUGGGUCUCCAUCAGCCACCUCCACCUGAGGAGAACCCUUAUGCUGAGAUCCCCAAAGAAGCCCAAGAUGAAGACAGAACCCUGACUCUACCCAGAGACUCUGGUAGCAGUGGAGGUGUUCCUCAGGGUACUACUGCAGCCCCAGGGCCAUUGGUCACCUCAGUCUACAGCACUCUGCAGCCUACCUCUGCUGAUGAGAACCACAAUGCUGAGGUUAAAAGGACCCCCAUUAAUGCAGUAAAUAUGGUUGAAAGCAAGGCAUGAUGUGCUGUGUUGGUAAUACCCUAUCACACCCAGUGUUGAUGCAUGUCUGUGUGUCUAUGUCUGUGUGUGCAGACAGCUUCAGCUGAGUCUACUGCUGCCUCUAUCGUCUCCUCCAUGCAGCAUCCCCAUCAGCAGACAGCUUCAGCUCCGGGCCCCAUCAGCCGGCCUCAGGCCUUUAUGCCAGAGUGAGGA